AAUUUCCGGUUAGACGGCGCUGAGAGUGAGGUCAAGUCGGAUCCUCACAAACAUAAUAAUGGCGGCCGACGAAAAACAAGUUAGUGCCUUGAUUAGAAGGCACGAACAGGUGAAACGAUGGGAAGAUUCUGAUACAAACUUAGAACCUGUGUCACCCAAAAAGGAUAGAAUUAAAGUUAAAUUUCAAGACGGCUGCGUUUUUUUGGCCGCUUGUUCGAGUGGGGAUAAGGAAGAGGUUAGAAAACUUUUGCAAAGGGGUGCAGAUAUCAACACAGCAAAUGUGGAUGGACUAACAGCACUUCAUCAGGCCUGUAUAGAUGACAAUUUAGAUAUGGUGGAGUUCCUUGUAGAGCAAGGUGCAGAUGUGGAUGUCUGUGAUAAUGAGGGUUGGACUCCUUUACAUGCUACAGCCUCUUGUGCAUUUACAGAGAUAGCUAGGUAUCUCAUGAAGCAUGGAGCUAAUGUGGCAGCUGUCAAUAAUGAUGGUGAUUUACCAGUUGAUAUUGCAGAAAAUGAUUCUAUGGAGCAACUCUUGCAAGAAGAAAUGAAAAAACAAGGCAUUGAUGCUGAAGCUGCUCGUUGUGAAGAAGAGGAAAGGAUGCUGGAAGACGCUAAUAAGUGGUUAAAAGACAAAACGAUAGACGAAAUUAGACAUCCAAAAACAGGGGCUACUGCUUUACAUGUAGCUGCAGCUAAGGGAUAUAUGAAAGUCAUGAAUAUACUAAUGGAGGCUGGGGUAGACAUCAAUGCUGAGGACCAUGAUGGGUGGACACCAUUACAUGCAGCUGCUCACUGGGGCCAAGAGGAAGCUUGCAGAGUUUUAGUGGAGAACAUGUGUGACAUGAUGCACAAAAACAAAGCUGGUCAUACUGCCUUUGAUUUAGCAGAGAAAGAUAUGUUAAACUUACUAAAUGAUCUAAAAGAAAAACAAGCAACAUUUAGAAAUAAUCACGAAAGAGAAACAGAAAUUAUCCUACCUGUAGGUCAUGGUGGAAAGAGGAGAAGCUCUGUUACACGUAUGAGUGGAGACCAAAAACAGAAUGUUAUACAACGUACAUCUGAAGAGGAACGUGCAGCACUAGCAUCACUCCACCCAGGCAAGAAUGAGGAAAAGAUUAUAACUAGUAUUUCACCAGAAGAAACUGAAGAUGCUGAAACAGAAAGAAAGAAUGAAAAGAACAAGCAGGUAUCCCAACAACCACAGCUGCCUACAUCUACCAACACAUCCACCACUUCUUCUUCCUGGCUGCGGACUAUAACCCCGGCGCCCCUCCCCGCUGGCGCUGAGUUGAGGCGGCCUGAUAUGCCUAAAAUUGAGGAGGUAUCAGAAUCUGAGCGCACCCCUUCUGUUGUUCCUGUUAUACCAACACCAACGGUGACUGUACCAACACCAACGGUGACUGUUCCCCAAGCACCGUUAAUCACGUCUCCACCACCCACAACGGUGACUCCUGACACGACUGCCGCAGUGCUGACACCCAGGCCUACUGUCAGUAUUUCGAAGGUAGAGAGGCUGGCUGAUCCUAACAGUGAAGCCUCUUUACAAGACUCUACUCCAGGGAAACCCGUCACCUCUGUUAUGAGUAUAGGACGAGAUUUGGUGUCCCGGUCCAUUAGUGUCCCAGCCCGCCUUCCAACUGAAAAGGCUGCUGAUUCUGCACCAUCUGCUGCUACUACAUCCAAUGACAGUGCCCUGUCACUGCCCUCUUGGCGCACAAACCUCCGCAAGACUGGCAGCACGUCUAUGGUGCCAGAGUGGAUGGCAGAUAAUGAGAGCAAUUCACUUCCAAGAUCAGCGUCGAGCCCACGGCUUGCGCUUGACACUAGAUUAGAAAUUCUUAACGAACGGCUAGCGGCUCGCAGGCCUUUGUCCAGCACUGGGUCUGUGACCACAGUGACCACAUCAACUGUAACAACUACAACUGAUGCUGAUGGAAAAACUGGAGAUAGAAACAGUUACACGUACGGUCAGUCGUACCUAGCAAGAAACCUGGCCUCCCGCACAAGUAGCUAUGUGCCCAUGUACAGGCGUGAAACAACAGCAAACACUGAGGAGAAACUAGGUGUAUCAGACCGAAGUCGCUUACACCUCACUAACCCAUCCAGCACCUCGUCCCCUAUUUCCCCUCUAGCCACAUCUGCUAGUACUUCUACCACCUCUACUACCAAUGCAGUAUUAAGAAGGUCUUAUGAGCCACCUAAGAGAGAUGAAGAGACAGAAACACAGCGUAAAGCUCGAGCUAAACAUGCAAGACAGACUCGUCGGUCAACACAGGGAGUCAGCCUUGAGGAUAUAGAGAAAGCUGAGGAGGUACUUCGAUCAAAUGAGCCUGCAAAGAGCUCUGUCCUUACCAAAGAAACCAGUGUGUCUGGUGGUAACGGUGUGACCCCCAGCACCAUCCCUACAGCCACCACAACCACCACCAUAUCUUCCUCUGCCGUGGACAACCCCAGCAAGGAAGAUACUUCUGUUCUUUCAGGUUACAGGCGGCGACACAUAGAAAAUGAUAGCACAGAUGCUGCUCCUAUUACUUCUAGAGGAAGUUAUAGAAGGUUGAGGGAGGAAAAAGAUCUUUCUACUUUAUCGGGUGGCACAACUUCAGAUGUAACCUCUAAUUAUAUCCCUCGCAGUCAAAGAAACAGUGCUGUCUUGUCUUCGGAGUCUGGUUACUCAACGUCUUCUAGUCAAAAUUUAUCGCGCACUUCUUCUGUUCGAAGCAGUCGCCUACGAAAUGGGGAAAUAGAUUCAUUACCAACAAAUACAGAUGAUGACUCUAAAAAAGAAGAUAACUCCCAAGACAAGAAAGAGGAAAAGAAAGAACCAGCAUCUUUGCGUGCUAAAAGACAACGAAGAGAGCGUCGAUCAACUGGUAUAAAAUAUGAUAAUGAGGAUGGUGAUAAGGGUAAAGAGAACAAAGAAGAUGAGGAGGAAAAGAGCGAAGAAACAAAUCUAGGCUCUAGUAGGUAUAGUUCAAGGUACAACUCCAACAGUGAUGUUCCAUCUUCAGAUCGUUCCCAGCGUCCAGUUUCUUACUCGGAUUUCUCUCGUUCUACUGGCUCACUAGAUAUAGACUAUAAAAAGAAAUAUGAAGAUGAAAGAAGUGAAAAUGAGAAGUUGAGGAAGGAAUUGGAGGAGACAAAGAAAAGUCUGCUAGAGGCCAAAGCUGAGCUAGAUAAGGUUAUGAAACAGAGGGAGGUCCCACGCAACUCUGAUAGGGACAAAAGAACUUUAGAGAGGAGAGUAUCAGAAAUGGAAGAAGAGCUUAAGAAAGUGGAGGCUCUGAAAGCAGAUCACCAGAAAGUCUUGGAAACCUUGAAGGCAGAUAACCAGCGGUUGAAGGAUGAGAAUGGAGCUUUGAUCCGUGUCAUCAGUAAAUUGUCUAAAUAAGUUCUGUGUCCACUCCCUUGCUUGUUCUAAAUCUCCCUUCAACAUUAGCUUGCUUAUCUCAUUGUCAUAUCACCAGCUGUUAAUGCUAUGGUUUCAUGGAGGACAUUUUCCAAACCAACCAACUAGGGAUCUAAUUUAUAGUUUGUAACGUUUUAAAUUAUUUUCACUUCUCACUCAGUGCAAUGUUUUAUCCUAUAUUGUCAUGUUGAAAAUUUUGUCUUUCUUUAUAAUAUAGUAGGGGAAAAAUAGUUAAUGUUUUUUAAAAUUGAGUCUUCAUGUGUGGUUAAAAAAAAAAGUCUUAUAAUAGCCCAGAUAGAAUCUUUUGGGACACUAAUUGCCUUACACUAUAUGGGGGGAGAAAAGCAGCUCUAAAUUAUAAUUAUUCAUCACUUAGAGUAUAUGCUCAUCAUAGACUAUGACAUACAUAAUGGACAUUUUUAGCUAAUUAAAUUAUUAUUUUUUUGUACCUAAUGAAUUGAUGGUGUAGUAAAGGAGAUGGGAAGCUAGCAGUGUGUGUUGAACUCUAUUUUCCUAAGCGUGAUUAGAAAUGUAAUGACUUUGUUUUAUAGCUUCUUUAUAGAAUGGAUGCACAUGACUAUUAUUAUUUUUUUAAAUGUUUAUAGUGUGCUAGGUGAAGUGCUCACAUUGAAAGUCAUCCAGUCAUUUUUUUUCUAUUUAGUUAUUUUUUUUCCAGUACUUUUAAUCAGUACUUGUUAUAUGCAAGAUUGUGCCUUAUGUUUAACUUGUGUAAAUAUAUCCACAUUGCUUUUUCUGAAAGCAUUACAGAAAUUUCUCACAAAGCUUAAUGGUAAAACACAUGACAGUGCAGUUAAUUCAUGCAUGAAUUAGCAACGUGAAGCGCAUUUUACUGGACUGCUAUAAAACUAAUAGUAUAAUCUUUUUGUAUGACUAGAAUAUGUAAAUGUGUGAUCCUCAUAGUUUUGUGUUUUGAUAAAGCCUUCAUGAUUUAAAUGUUGUAAACAUUGAAAGUUUGAAGCAGUAUGAUGCUAUGUUUGUGUAGCUUUAAAGAUGGUAGUAUCAGGGUGGGCCUAGCUCACAAGGUAAUCAUGAACUCAUCAAAUAUGUAUAUAACGGCAUGUUUUUUUCUAUCCUCAGUGUCUAAUUUAUUUGUCCAAUUUUUUUUUUUAAAGCUCUUGUUUUGGCUGUGCAUUUCAUCUUUUUUUUUUGUGUGUGUAGUAAAUUCUUUGAUCUCAAACCUAGGCACAUUUUUUUGUCAAAUGGGAGUAGUGUUUGUUGUGUGAGUUGUUUACCCUGGGCAACAGAUGGCUUCUGUACAGAUGGCUUAUGUAACUCUUCAGGAGAGAGUUAGUAAACUCAUGUGACCAUUUAUAUUACCCCAGUUUUACUAAUCACAACUAGACAUGUCAGAAGUAACUAGUUGUUUUUUUAAUAUGAACUGUAUGGUAGAUUCUCUCCUUGUUAGGCCUGACUUCUUUUUUGUGUUUACGUUAGUUUAAGGUGGUUUUUGGUGGAACAGUUUGUCGUAUGACUUAAUGAAGAUGAUAAUUUGUGUUCUGAAAGAUGAUUUCGCAACCAAAUUUUCACUUGUACUGCAAAGAAGUGAUAGGUUGCACCUGUCAUUUUUAUUUAUGGGCUGAGUGCUCUAUCAUUGGUUGUGUGAUAGUGCAUCAAUCAUAUUGCUAUUAGUAGUGGUAGCUACAACCAAGAAGCGUCACACUGAUUUAGGCAAGUAGUGUCAACUGAUAUAAGCAAGUAGUGUCACACUGUUAUAGGCAAGUAGUGCCACACUAUUAUAAGCAGGUAGUGUCACACUGUUAUAAGCAGGUAGUGUCACACUGUUAUACGCUAGUAGUGUCGCACUGUUAUAAGCAAGUAUUGUCACACUAUUAUAAGCUAGUGGUUAUUUUUUGGGCGUUUUGACUACUAUUCUGCCUCUAUUGAUGUACCAGUAAAACUGCCCAUAUAUUGUUUGUCCAUGUUUCUGUAAUGCUAUCUCUAAUAAGUGCUGCCACAUCCCUCUAGUGGUAAGAUGAAACCAGUUGUAAUGAUUAACUAACAAAUGUAGAACACAGAAUGGCUUAAAAUGGUGUGAUUUCUAAAGUUAUGAUCUAAACAUACAUUUUCAAAAGAACAAAUUAUAUUUAACAUUUUGUAGUAAUGAAUUAUUCUUUAGUAACAAACUAAUUGCAAGAUCUUAGUACAACUACGACAAACUUUUAUAAGAGUAUGUUACGGUAGUGUUAACUUGAUAUAAAUAAAGUUACUAGAUAGGGAAAUGAAAUAUUUAUAAAUACUGUACAUAACAAGUGUAAAUAGGCAGAAUGUGUACAUAUCUUUGCUUGUUGGAUAUCAAAGUGAGGUUAGGGAUUUCUAUAGCUUAUUUAUUUGUGAAUAAAUCAUGUCAUUGGUGUGUACAUUACAGUACAUCUGUCCACGUUUGUGUGCUUUUUUCUUCAUGUAAUUGAAUGACUAAUUUUGGAUUGACCCAACAUAAUAGUCUGCUUCAAGAUGUACAAGAUUGACCUGGGAAGUGUAGAUUGUAAAAAUAAAAUUGGCUUUGUGAUAUUUCUGAAAUUUAGCUGACUUGUUUAUGAAAGACAGUACUUGUAUGAAAAUGAUGAAUUAAUUUCUGUCAGUUUGUGGGGGGUAGGAAUAGUUCAGACUUGAUGCAGAAUUUAUUUAGUGUUAAAAUAUUUUACUUGUAUGGUGAUUAGCUUCAGUAGCUCCCCUCAGUAACUAGCUUGGCUUGUGAUUAUAAGCCUUCCUUGAAGACUUGUAGUCACCUGUGUCAGAAGCUUGUUGUUGAGGACUUUGUGAUGCCUCUCUGGGUGACAUGUUGGAUCCAGAGCUAGCUAAUCGCUGUCACUUUGUACACAACAAAUUUAAAAACAAAUUAAAUAUAAAUAUAAAGAUUUAACUGAUAAUAAUUUUAACUGAAGUUUUAAAAAUUAAAUACAAAAUUAAAAAUUAGACUGAUGGUAAUUUUAACUGAUGUUACUACUUGUUGAAGUAAAAGUUUAUGUUGAUGAAUUUUGAAUGCCAGGUUGGCUAGAUGACUGAUUGCUUUAACUGAAUUAAUGACAAUUUUUCUGUCUAACGAUAGAGCCAUUAACUGAAUCUAAUGACGAUUUUUCUGUCUGAUGGUGAUGGUAGAUGGUUCUGUUCUACUGAUUCACUUCUUCUGAUAUACAGAUUUUAUGUGACAUUCUUGACUUGAGUAUGAAUGGUUUAUUUCAACACUUGUUUGUGUUUGUCUGUUCAACUGAUUCACUUCUCCUGACAUACAAAUUGGAUGUGACAUUCUUGACUUGAGAAUGAAUGCAACAUUUGUAUAUGUUGGCCAGUUUUGAUCUCUACAUCAGAACAUGAAUUUGGGGAAAAGUUUUUGUUUUAGCAUUUGAACAAAGAUAAACUAAGCAGUUAUUUUUUCAAAACUGGAUUAAUGAUGAGAUAUUAAAAUACCUGAAUUUUUUUUAGUGGCAUUGAAUUCAGUAUUGUAUUAGUGCUGUUUAGGGGGGGGGGGGUCACAUUUAAUAAUAACUGUUUGUACUUAAUACAUUGUCUGUGAUUUACUAAAAUAGCAAAUGUAUAUAAAGAAAUGAGGCGUAGAAACAUGUGAUAAAAUUAAAAAAAGCUUUACAGCUGGUUUGAAUUACCUCAAGAUAGUUUCAACCAAUAUUUUAGCAUUAAUUUCUAAAAAUUCCCAAACUUAAAGAAGUUAAUGGUUGUUUUUAAGUUAUGGUAGAUAAAAGGAUAAGUUUGGUAUAGCCCUACUUAUCUAAAUGACGUUACAAUAUAGCUUCUACAUAACGCUUUUGUAGAUGUUGAUGUAGUUUAGCUGAGUGGUAUAUUAGCAGUGUUGAUUGUUGAGUUAUUUUAAGAUAGACUUUCAGGAACUUUAACCCUGUGUUGUCUUAGUCAUCCAGAGUGAAUGCAUUUUAUUUUUUUCCUACAAGAAAUUGCCUCCCAAUGAUCACACGCUUAGAGGUUUGAGAUCAGAGAAAUAUUGUAAUUCGGGUGUGUGGUUGGUGUCUGGGUGUAUCUAGUUGAAAAAAAAAAAACUUGUUUGAUUUCAAGUUUUAGUAGUUAAGUUACAUGGAGCAUAGUGGCGCAUGUGUUAGUGUGGUCCUCUCUACUUAUAUGAUAACGGUCUUUUAUUCAUGUGUAAUGUGUUGAAUAACUAUUCCCCCCUAUCUAUAAUGUACAUGUGUAUGUACUUCAUCAUCAUUUUUACUAUUAUUCAAUGCAUCAAGAUUUGUCAUAGCUUGUAAUGCUAUUCAUAUAUAAAUUUCAUUACAAAUAAAAUAAUGAAGAUUUUUCUUUA